UUACUUGAACAAAGCUGACUGAAGACCAUGGAACACAUAAGCUGUUUUGGAAAUUUAAAUACAAUGCCAUGUGGCUUGAAUGGAAAACCAUGAGAAGUGCCUUCCUUAUAUUGAUGGUGACAAUCGCUCAAGUUAAGAUCUCUUUACCUUGCCCCUCCUCCUGUGUGGUGUGUUCUGAAGAUGUCAUCAUUUGCCAUAAACUUCUAAAUAUCAUCGAUGCACCAGGCACUACCAAAGCUUUGAUGCUCACUGAUGGACUCAUUAACUCUGUGGACAACAUGGUGUUUUCUGAUUUAUCUAACAUGAGUGUUCUGGCACUCAGCAACAAUGCCAUUUCUACAAUCAAGGAGAAUGCUUUUUGGAACCUUACUUUCCUUACAGCACUGUCUUUGGACCACAACCACAUCUCAAGCCAAUCCCUGGACAACUCAACAUUCUCCUGGCUCCAUAGAUUGGAGACUCUCCAUCUAGGUAGCAACGCACUGAGGGACAUUGACGGUUCCUGGUUCCAGAACUCCAGAGCUUUAAAAACACUUCAGCUAGAGGGGAACCUCUUGACCAGCCUGAACUCCAGCACCUUUGCCCUCUCUAACCUGAGGAACCUGGAAAUGUUGGACUUGUCUGAUAACCUCAUCAUGUACUUGGGCCGAGAUAGCUUCCGAGGGCUGCCUCAUCUCCACAGUCUUGAUCUGUCCCGCAACCUUCUGAAGAAUGCUCCUGAUGCAUUCUCCUAUUUGUCAGGGCUCUCAAUGUUGAACCUUGAUUUGAACCACUGGAGCUGUACUUGUGAGCUGAGAGAACUGGCCUCAUUCCUCAACAGCUACAUUCAGGCUCCAGAUAAAGUGUUGAACAAUGGGCAGAGAUUGGUGUGUGUGAAUACAGAUAACCCAGCUGUGCAAACUGUGCUGGAAUUGACCAAGGCAAACUGUGUCCCACCAAACAAGAAUAUCACAGGGGAGGUUGUGGAUAAAAGUAAUAUCACACCACAACAAUACAUUAGAAAUGUUGCUAUUGCUAUUGUACUUUCAUUUCUGGGUGGUGUUGGGAUUACCUUGGGAAUAAUUGCCAUUGCAUACCAUAAACUCAGUAGGAAAUUUAAACAGGUACAGGAAGAAAAUGGAGCCAUGGAAAGGAAAACCUCCAGCCCAGAAACAGCCCAGUGGAAUUUCUGUGAAGACAAAGACACUCAAUCAAUGAGUCAUGCUCUGUACAACUACAACUACAAAUCCCAUCAGCCCUGGGACAGAGAAAACUCCCCUAGUCACAUGAGGCCGGACACAGUGGCGAAUCAUUUCACCUGCCACAAGUGCAUCUCAACAGCUCUUGCGGUAGGAAAGCAAAAAAGAGAGAUUGUUCUGCAGAGAGCUAAUCUCAUGUGUGAACAGCAUGAGCGAGAUGAUGAUUGGCCAAUUUAUGUGGCUUGUCGCCAACAUAAAGGGAAUCAGCAUUCUGUGUUGCAACAAAAGAUCAAAGACACAAGUGUACAAAGACACGAUGAGAGGGGAGCAGGAAUUUCUAACAACCACCAUUUGGGCAGUCAGUGUACUUCUUCCCAACUUUGUGGGGAUUCAAACGGCAACUCAGCUGUCAAAAUACAGCAGCUGGCCCUCAGAAAUAAUUUCUCAGCCCUUCAGAGAGGCCCAUUUAGACCCCCAGACCAAAUGCACAAGGAAUUGGUAACUCAUGGAAAUCACAUAAAUCAAUCACUGUUAAAACACCAGGCCAAGGUCGUUGGCACACAACCAAUUUACCGGACCAUCAGCUGUCUACACUGCCAUCAGACUGAUGAAUAUAGGCAAGCUGGGAGUAAUAACCAAAGCUUUCCAUUUCUAAAUCACUCAGAGAACACACUUCAAAAUGGAGCAAAAAUGUAUGACGCUAUGCUAUACAGAGACUUCUUAGGUUAUAACAAGUCUAGCUCUGGGGAACAUGGUAAGAAACAAGCCAUUGAUCUGGGGUUUAAGUUAGCCUCUCAAAGGAAUGUUACUUUUGAUCUAGCUGGGUCUGAGGAACGCAUCCUCACCACACAAGCUGACAGACACAAAGGAGAGAGCAGGAUAAAAAGCUCUAAAACAUCGGUGCAGAAGAGCAACCAAAAGUUGGCAAAGAUGAAGAGUAGCACACAAGGACAUUUAAAAAACAACAAAACCAAAGCACAGGCAAAGAGGACACUGAAAGUUAAAUUAAAUUUAAACCCUCUUCGAAAAAACAGAGUUCAUCCUAAGUCUGGUGAUCAAAAAAAGAACGAAGAGGGCAACAUGUCUAAAAAGGCCAAGAAAGAAAAACUGAGAAGCAAAAAGGACCAAAAAGUCUUAAGCACAAAUCCAAAAAAGAGAAAACCAGCAAAAAACUAAAGGACAACAGCAAAGGCUCAGAGAAUGAGGAUAAGGAUAAGGAAGCAGAUACUGUGGACCAGGAAACAUCAACCUCUAAAGCUAAAAAAGAAAAUGCAUCAUCCAAUAAAGUAAAACAUUCUGAAAAAGAAAACAAAGACUCCAAAGACACCAAUGAAGUCACUCAAGAAAGUUCAAUUAGUGGUGGCUCAACUGAAUCUGGACAAGGGCCAGACAAUAUUAUUCCUGUUGAAGGGAAAACUCUGCAAACAGACGGUCUAGAAAACUCAAUCUUCAGCAGUUGUUCUGAAGUUCAAAUGCUACUGAGCUCUAUACCUCCAACACUCCCAAAGACACUCAAUUUAAAUAGUGAAACCACUACUCAACAGGACCUGGCUGAACAGUCUAGCGGUUUAGACCUGAUGAGCUCUGGUGCCCCUGUUAUCCAAGAAUAUGUAUCUUCAGCUGAGGGCUCACCAAAGAGGAAGAUAAGACUAAUUCUACCUGAAAAAAAUUCCAACAGGCCACAAACUGCACUAGAUAAGAAAAUCAGAUAGCAUUAUUCACUCUUUUUUGACAGCGUUGCAUAGGACUGCUCCAUUUCUAAAAAAAAAUCUAUACAUUUGUAUUUCUAAUGGAAAAAUGCAUUGAUUUCAUGACUUGUUGAGUCUUAUUGCAUGUAAAGAAGUUAUUUCAAGGUACUAUACAUAAUAUGUAGUGUGCUAAGUUGUGCACAUGAUUGUGCUGAAAGAAAGUGUUGUAGGGCAAAAUCUCC